AUGGAACAUUUUAAAAGAAGAGUUGAGAAGUAUUAAAGUACAACAAAUGGCGAGCAUAGAUAUGGUAUAGGAAAGUACUUUUUGAAAAAAAAGAAAGUCUAUCUAGAAGAUAAAUUUUCCAAACCUCUAGAUACUAGACCAAUAAUGUAAGAAUAUUUAGAAAAAUGUAAAGAAGAAGGAUUGGAAAUUAAUAAAUUAGAAUUUGGCUUGUUUACUGCCAAGAAUGGAUUUUAGUAUGAAGGAUUUAGAGCUACUGAGGAGAUUAAUCCUUCUGAUAUUCUAAUUAAAGUUCCAAGGAAACUUAUUUUAAAUACCAGAACAUGCAUGUUUAGUGAUAUUCAAAAAGUUGUUAAGGAAAAUUUAAAUUUCUUUACUGCUAAAAAAGGAGGGUUAGUAGAAGAUCAUAUUAUGCUUGUUUACUUGCUGCGUUAGUAUUAACUAGGAAAAGCCUCUCCCUGGUAUCAUUUGAUCAGUAACCUUUCAAGAUACAUCGAUACAGUAGACUUUUGGGAGGAUGAAGAAUACAAAUAUUUAGAUGAUCCUAUCUUCAGAGAGAGAAUUAGACUUUAAAGAAAUUACUUUAACUACAUUGCAAAAAAUUUAAGGGAAAUUUUACCUAAGUACCCUGAUUUAUUUGAAGAAUAAACUUACUCUGAAGAGAAUAUUAGAUGGAUUUAUAUUCAUAUUUGGAGUAGAAGCUUUGGUGGUUCAAUGGAUUACAUUAGUAUGGUUCCCAUCGUAGAGAUGAUGAACCAUGAAAAUACUAAUAUGUUUUUCAGAAUUCACAAAGAAGGAAGUGAAAUAGAAUAAGUUUAAAUCACAGAAGAAGAAAGAUUGAACUAAACUUCUACAGAAAAUGAAAGCUAUAUGAGUGAAGAUAAUAUAAUGGUUAAUGAGUAUGACUUUGAAGAAUUUGAGGAAAUGAAAAACUAAGCUGACCAAAAAAUGAUUAAAAUAGAUUAAAAUAACCCAAAAUUAAGAGAUAUUAGACGCUAGUGUCUUGAAUUAGAAUAAAUCAUUUUAAAUGAUUUUAACUUAGGUGAUGAUGUUACCAUAUUUUUUGCAGGUAAAAUCAUAGAAAAAAUAAGAAAAAUCGAAUUAUCUGCUUUACAACCAAAAAAAAAGACUAAUAAGGUUCAAGAAGAGAUUUCUCGCUUAAACCAGUUAUGUUCAUUUUUCAAAGAGCUACUGAAAACUUACCAUAAACAAACAAUCAAAGAAAAUGAAGUCAUAAAUACUUCAUAGAAGAAAAUUUUUGAAAAAGAUGCAAAAGAAGCUGAAUAGGCUAUUCAGCAAAUUAAAAAGUAGAGCUAAGAAUUUGAGUAAGCAAAAAAUGAUCAAGAAAGCAAUUAAAAUUAAGAAGAAAUCGUAGAAACAACUUAGUAAAACAAUACAGAAUGCCAAUCUAAAUAAGAAGAGUAGAUAAAUACUACAGAAGGAUCUAAUUAGAAAAUUAAAGAAGAUUCAAUUAACGAUAAAUAAAUUUAAAAUGAAAUUUAAGAAAAUAACCAGUAAGAAAGCUAAAAUGAAGGUUAAGAAUAAUAAGUUGAUGAAAUUAGCGGUGAGAAAGAAGAGUAGAUUGAUAAAUAAAAUGAAAUGAAUGAAUAAAAUAAAGAAGAAAGCUGUGAGAAAGAUUGCAAUUAAACUAGCAGUGAAGAUGAAGAAGAAGAAGAGAAGGAAAAUAAAAAAGAAGAAAAGGAAGAGAAAAAGCAAAUUGUGGUCUAAGAAAAAGAAUAGGUAGUUGAAUAAAGUUUGAAUGAAUUGAAACUUGAAUAUACAGAUAAUCCAGAUGAUUGGAAACAAAUUUAAUAUGAUAAUUUCCUUUUAAUGGCUGAUAGCAGAGAUAGAUUCGAAAAAGGAAGUUAAGUUUACUUUUGCUAUAAUAGAUUAACUAAUAGAAGUAUGUUAAGUAAAUAUGGUAUGGCUUUAGAAUAUAAUAAAUAUGAAUUUGUUCAUCUAAGAUAUAAAUAUAUUCAAGAUAUAGUUGAAUACGCUCCAUAUGCUUUAAGCUAUAUCAAAUAUUUCGAAUUAAAUACUCACAAGAGAUUUAGUAUUCCUCAUCAAAGAUUUAACUCUAAAAUUAUUUCUUUUGCUAAAGCAAUGAUGUGGGAUUUAGAAACAUAAAGUGUAGAAGCAAUAUUUAAUCCUACUGUAAACAUAACUCUUGAAAUCAAGGGUUUAGAAAAAGUUAACUAAAUUUAUAAGUCAUAUUUAGACUCAAGGAUGUAUUCAAUGGAUGAGAAUGAAAGUAUGCUAACAAAAGAUAAUAUGAAUGGUCACUUAUAUUUUGCUACUAUUUACCGUCUCGAAAGAUAGAGAAUUAUUAAAAAUUAACAAAAUCUUGUUAACAUUUUAAUUUAUACUCUCAAAUAAAUGCUUGAGUAAGGAGAGAUGGGUAGAUAAUUCUUCAAUACCCCUACACCUUAUGAUGAAGAUCCUUAAGAUCCUGAAUUUUUCCAUAGAAACAGAUACAUUUUAAGAAAAUACAUCAGGUUAUUCCCUGAAUAAAAUAAGCAAUUUUGA